UUCACUUUGUCUUCAUGACAUCUUGAUUUAUUGUCCCUCUUCUACUCCCCAGCCCCUUCUAAUUGGCUCCACCAGACUUAUACUGUGAUUUCAUUUCCUUCUGGUUGAUAAUAUUUCUGAAAAAGCCAUAAAUUCCAUUGAAUGAUCAAUCUCUCUUGUGAAAAGUAAAUUGGAGUUCACUGGUUAUGCUUAAAAGUUGACCAUUUAAAUAUGGUUUGAAUUCAGGUCCAACAAGAAAAGCAGAGAAUGGAAGAAGUGACCUGCAAUAAUGCAGUUCCAUAUUCAAAAAUGGAAGAGUAUGAAGUGACACAACAGAUUGGUAGAGGAGCUUUUGGAGCUGCAUUUCUUGUUCAUCACAAGUUUGACAAAAAAAAGUAUGUAAUGAAGAAGAUUCGUUUGGCUAAACAGACAGACAAGUUCAAACGCACUGCCCAUCAAGAGAUGAAUUUGAUAGCCAAGCUAGAUAACCCUUAUAUUAUUGAGUACAAGGAUGCGUGGGUAGAAAAGGACUCCUUUGUCUGCAUUGUUACAAGCUACUGUGAAUGUGGAGACAUGGCUGAAAUAAUUAGAAAAGCCAGAGGAACAUUUUUCCCUGAAGAGAGACUUUGCAAAUGGUUGACUCAGUUGUUGCUGGCUCUUGAUUACCUUCACUCCAAUCGUGUUCUUCACAGAGAUCUUAAAUGUUCUAACAUUUUCCUUACCAAAGACGACGAAAUCAGACUUGGUGACUUUGGAUUAGCCAAAUUGCUGAAUAAAAAUGACCUUGCCUCUUCGAUUGUGGGUACUCCAGCAUAUAUGUGCCCUGAGCUUCUAGCAGAUAUACCUUAUGGAUAUAAAUCAGACAUAUGGUCUCUAGGCUGUUGUAUGUUUGAAAUUUCUGCCCAUCAAGCUGCAUUUCGUGCUACUGAUAUGGCUGGGCUAAUCAACAAAAUUAACAGAUCAACUAUCUCUCCGCUUCCAACCAUAUAUUCUUCUACUUGGAAACGACUGAUCAAAAGCAUGCUAAGAAAAAGUCCAGAACAUAGACCUACGGCUGCAGAGUUGUUAAGGCAUCCACAUUUACAACCAUAUCUUGCUAAAUGUCAGAAUUUUUCACCAGCAUUUUCUGAGAAGGAAGCAAAACAGAAUCUUGAUCAAACUCGCGAGAAUUCAACUUCCAAGCCUACAUUGUUAGGAAAUAAUCAAAGGACUCUGAAGGAAAUUAGACAACCAAAAAAACACGACAAGGUUGCUGCAGUUGAUAGAGUUGUUCAUGAACUCAAAGAUACGAGAAGCAAAGGUAAUGAAUCACGUAAUACAUGUAAGAUUGAGAAAAUUAACACUCAGACAAAGAAGGUAGAAAAUUCGGAGAAUGAAAGACUCCAAGGCAUAUCCAUCAAGAAAAGUACCGGAAGUACUAAUUCCAGAAUCUCUACAAGAAGUACUUUGACUGAUCAACAUGAACAAGGUACAAAAGAAUUUACAGCUAAGGCUGAUAAUACAAUUGAAGGUACAAUUCAGAAGAUUGAUAGGACAAUUAAGGGCAAGAAAGUCGCAAAAUCUCAACCAGAGGAGCCAAAAAAAUGUUCUUUUAAGAAACUAGGAAUACCAAAACCACACGUUGAAAUAACUUCACACGCCAUUGAAGUUAUAGCAAAAGCCAUUGAUCAUCUAAGUAUUAAUCAACAUACAGUUAAACACGAUGGUCACAAACGAGCAGCGAGUGACACUUCAGUGAUGACUGCACUAAAUUUGUUACAAGGGAACAACCACAACAAUAAUAUGAGAAUUGGAUGGAAUAGUAUGAUGAGCAAUGAAAGGGAAGAAGCACUAGAGUCAUUACUUGAACUUUGUGCAGAGUUACUUAAGCAUAGAAAGCUAGAGGAAUUAGCUGUUGUGCUAAAAUCAUUUGGGGAAGAAGUUGUUUCUUCUAGAGAAACAGCAAUUUGGUUGACAAAAGGAUUAAUGAAUCUCCAACAUCCAUGUGAAGAAGAUUAGCUUCUUGAGAUUUUUUUGUAAAAUAUAAGCAUUGAUUUUUGUUUUUGAUAUGAUCGUGUAUGCAUUUACGUAGAUAAAAGCUUCAAAAGUUUCAGAAAAAAAUAAAA